ACAUUGGUUUUUAAUUUUGACCGAGACCAACAAGCUACACGACUGACAGUGUCUAACAUUUUGAGUACAGUGGUUGUUAAUGUCAGAGUCACCGGCGAUGCUUCUAUUCUGAAGCAAUCCAAAUUCAAGGGCCUGUCAAAUUUGCAGGUAUCAACAAUUGUGCACCGAUUUGAGGCGUCAUUCUGUCUUGAGAAGAACGUCAUUGAGGUUCCUUUAUCUUAUCAUAGACAAUGGUCCCCAAAUUAUCCAACUUAUGUGUUAUUCGACUACAAAGGAAACAAGCACUUUAUAAAGCUUCGUAAAUAUGCUAACCGAUUCUUUUUUGGCGAUGGACUGAAGGAACUUAGGAGAACCCAUGGCAUUUACGAAAGUGUUAUCAUGUGUUUUGUUGCAUGGGACAAAAAUACUAAUUUCAGUGUGGAUGUUGUGGGACCUCUACAUAGACAAACACACCAAAGGUCAGCCACAACCACCAGGCGCCAUGUUUUUACCAUUGAUAUCUCUAAAGAUAUGAUACAACACAAUUAUCAAUUGGUUCUGCCACCAGAGGCUUCAAAUUAUUUAUCUGGAUCAAAAGAAUAUAUGAUUGUAGAUCGUGGUCGUGGUAGACUUUACGAAUGGAUGAUCACCAUGAAUAAUGGUCUAUCAUGUGUUGUUGAGUCCUGGAUCAAAUAUUUAGCUGACAGUCAUUUGAAGCCUGGAGAUGAGGUCGUCUUCUUCUACAACUUUGACCAACAUUUAUGGGAGGUCCUCUAUAGGAAGCAAGUAAAAUGGAAUCAGGAAGAGGACGAAGCUGACUCCACUUGAAGAACUCUUUAAUUAUUUAUGUUUGUUUUAUUUUUAUAUAUUAUGUUUGUAACUUAAUUACCUUCGGGUAACAUACAAGUUUUGUUGUGUUUACUUUCUGUUGAACAUUGUUAACAAAACAACAAAUAUUAUUAUCUUAUAUUCUAUG